CUAAGCAUUCCAAACAAAAUGGUACAUUGAAUCCACGUUUCUUGCGGCCUAGAACAAAACACUAAACGAGCUUGCCUGCAAUGAACCAACAUGCUCCUACCGCACGCUUAGAGUGUGUUAGGGAUUUGAUUGAUGCAGCAAGAUCCAACAAGUUCUCAAUUUUACGCAAGUUAUCUGCAGAUGGCCAAGAAGUAUUUGACGUUUGGGAUCACAUAUCACAACUGGUUGAACAUCACAUGAUUAGAAAAAAGGCUGUUAACAUUCCUGGUUUGGGUAUUUUUACAUUCACAUCAAGCAAGCUUGAUGUUGGUCAUAACAAGUACAUUCUCAUACAAAGACCAGUCUUUAUUUUAUCAGAGAAGUUAGCUGGAACACACCGACUUACACAAUCAAAGUAUCAUGUACAAGGAGAAAUACCUGUUAUUCAGCUCAAUUUCACAGCGAUUUCGUUUAAAAUGUGUCUUGACAGAGAUCUUGUUGAAGCAUCUGUCAAAGAGGUUGUGAAUGCUCUUUCACGGAAUAUUGAGCACACUCGAUCUUGUGAGUUUGCAUUCACAACGUUGGGAAACCUUGUGAUUGCCAACGGGGCUGCAAAGAUGAGGUUUUUACCAGCUUUUGUCGAAAAAAUGGACCAGACUGGCGGUUUAUCAAAGCUUCUUCAAACGAGGCCUGACACGUCAAGUUCUCGAUUUUCUGAUAAGGCCACUGUUCUUCCAAGAAUCCAGUCCAAUGAACAACAGAGAAAAUCCAGUCCAAAAUCAUCUGAUAUUUAUAUCAUCAACGAAGAAAACGAAAAUGAGGAUGCCGUCGUACACAAUUCCACAUCAGAGGUUUCCAAUACACCUUUAAUAUCUCCGCAAGGUACUCCAAUAACGAAGAAAAAAGAAGCUCUUGUUCCAACUCUAAAAGUCGAAGCUAAAUCUCCCACAAUUAAACAGUGUGUUUUGACUCCACCGCAGAGUCCGGAAACGCAACCCGGUACGCCUAGAAAGGUUCCAAGCAUUAAAAGAAAUUUGAUGCUUAAAGAUCCUCGAAAGGAGUCUGGACCAAAACAGCAGAGUCGAGUGUUUCCCUUAGUGCCAAGUAAGAGUAACACGAACUUACUCACUCAGUUACUUAAAGCGCCACCGAAAACUUCAACUGAUUGCAAGAGCGAAGAAACUUCUUGUUCAAACUGCGUUGAAAAUAUGAGUGAUUUCUGCUAUCUUUGCUAUCAACGCGAAAAACGUAACAUCCCGAUAUUUUACACUGAAGAACGAAAACAAGAAGAACAGGACGAUGAUCGUUUACUUCAAACAUUCACCCUUCUACAGGACAGUGAAGCAUUGCGACAGGAUCAGGAGAUGAAAGCAAAGAAACGUGAGGUUGCGCAAUCGAUAGCAGCAUUCAACUUGAGUAUCAGUGAACUUUUAAAAGCUCAAAAAGAAGAGCGACCACUCUCCUUCAACCGCUCCUACGUAUUUUGUCGACGUCCUAUCACUCCUCCACAUUAUAUCAAGCAAGAAGAUUACAAAAAAGACUUGGCUACACAGGUAAAUGAAAAACGUAGAAAAUUGAAUAAAGUAAAGCGCGAUCAAGAAAAUUUAGAACGUGUGGAACAGCUGAAAUUGGCAGAAGAUCUCGCCAUGCAAAGAGGACAGUACUUGAAAAAUAAAAGGCUGCAAUCUGAUGAAUACCGAAAAGCCCUCGAUACACAGGUCUACAUUAAGAAAUGUAUCGAGGAAAGAUAUUCCCAAAGUCACAAAGAUGGGAAAACAUAUUCCUUACCACGUGCGAAUGUUGUUCUACCAUUUCAAAGAAAAAUGCGACCUAGUACAAACGGACCUUGCACGAUGGCAUAUAGAUCGUCAGAGCUACCAGUCGCCUACUCAGAUAGCGACGGUCCUAUCUUUGGCACUUACGAUUUAAAUGAGGACAAAAGAGUAGAGCGGAGAAAGCGAGCGCAGCAUUUAUAUCAAGACCAAAUGGAAAUGGCGAGCAAAAGAAAAGAGCAUGAGUUGUCACUUGAUAAAAUGAUACAGAAAGAAGAGGAGGAAAUGUUGAGGAAAACGAAAACUGAAUUGCUCCAAGAAACCCUUGUUCGCAGUCAACUAAACCUUCAACAACGAAAAGAUUUGGAAAACACAUGGGCACUUCAUGCUAUGAAGAAGAAGUCUAAGGAGUUCGAAGAAAAGCUUUGGGCCAGAUCACCUGGUUUAUUGUUGCAAGAGCAGUGCGAUAAAUACAAGCGUUGUGUACAGUGCACACGAAAACCGAUGAACAUUGGAAUAUCGAAUGUUUGGGCCGAAUCUCGCUAUGUGUCUGGUUCCCGAUUGAUCAUCUAAAAAAAUAUUUGUACUCGUUUUUAAAUAAUUUUGUGGAAAUAUGGUAUAAAAUAUUUGGAUUAAAUUUA